UAAACUCCAGCAGCAGCAUCAUCAUCAUCCUCCUCUUCACCCUCAUCAUCACCUCAUCGCGCUGACUGAUGAUGAUGCUCACCUCUUUUUUCUCCAUCUAAAAACGUGCAGUAAUCCACCAUGGAGUGCAUUUCACACCCGUUCGGACAUCUCUCCAUGGACUUUGAGCCCUUUUGUCUAACAGGAGAAUGACGAAGAGGAGAAACAGGAAGCCUUGGGAGCACCGUGGACCGUUUCUGUAAAGUCUCCAUGAACGCAACAGAAGAGACACUGACUAAUUGAACCAAUGGCCAAGAAAGGGCGCGUGAAGGGCGAGAAGCCCGAAGCCCUCAUCUCUGCCCUGCAGGCAGCCAAUGAAGAUCUCAGGUCCAAGCUGACUGACAUUCAGAUUGAACUGCACCAAGAAAAAUGCAAGGUGAGCAAGCUGGAGCGAGACAAAGUACAGGAGGUGAAGCGGGUGCGCGAGCAGGAGCAACACCGCCACACCGCCAUGUUGACGGAGCAGCGGGCCAAGUGGCAUGAGGAAAAACAAAAAGAGCUCCAGGCCCUCCGGGAAAAUCUGACGCGGCAGCAUGAGCAAGAGCUGGCCCGCCAUGCCAAAAUCAAAGACCAGGAGAACCAGAGGCUCAAGACCGCACUGAGCGCCAUACGGGAUGGCAGCGGCGAGAAGGUCCGCACGGCAUUGACUCUGGAAGCCAAGGAGGACGCUCGCCGCUUCUUCGAUCAGGAGAGGGUGAAGCUCCUCCAAGAGAUAGCCGAGCUGAAGGCGGCCAAGAAGCAAACGGACGAAGCCCUCAGCAACAUGAUCCAGGCAGACAAGAUGAAGGCCGGCGAUCUGCGGGUGGAGCACCAGCAGCACCAGGAACAGAUCUCCAAGAUCAAGUGGGACUGCGAACGGGACAUCCGGAGACUGGUCGAUGAAAUCAAAGCAAAAGAUCGCACCAUCUUCUCUCUGGAGAGGGAGAUGGAGUCAACCACGGGCUUCCUCCAAAGGCUGCAGCUUCAGAAGGAUGCGCUGGAUGAGCAGCUUUUCCUGGUCAAGGAGGCCGAGUGCGGCGCAGGAAGUCCCAAGAGAGAGAUUCCGGGUCGUGUCGGAGAUGGCGCCGAGCACUGUGGUAGCCCUGACCUACGGAGAAAUCAAAGGCGCAUGGCCGAGCUCAACUCAACGAUUCGCAAGUUGGAGGACAGAAACUCGCUGCUAGGAGACGAGCGGAAUGAACUCCUGAAGCGUGCGCGGGAGUCGGAGAAGCAGUACAAGCCGCUGUUGGACAAGAACAAACUGCUGAGUAAGCGCAACGAUGACCUGAUGCUGACUAUCCAGAAGCUGGAGGAGAAAGCAAAAAAUCUGGCCAAGGAGAACCUUGAGAUGAGGGAAAAGAUCAGCUCCCAACCUCCACUAAAGAAACAGAAGUCCCUGAAUGACCUGGACCAAGCCCAGGAUGACCAGGAAAUAGCUUUUCUCAAACUUCAAGUCCUGGAGCAGCAAAGCAUGAUCGACGAGCUCGCACGAGACCGAGAGAAACUGCUUCGGAAGAAGAGACAUAAAAGGAGUUCCAGACCAAUCAAGAGGCACAUUGUCGUGGACACAUUCUUCGGCUACGACGAAGAGUCAAUGGAUUCGGAAACAUCCUCGGUGGCUUCCUUCCGUACGGAUCGAACACCGGCUACUCCGGAUGAAGACCUGGAUGUGGGUCUAGCCAAUGAGGAGUCUGAGCUCCGUUUCCGUCAGCUGACCAGGGAAUACCAAGCCUUACAGCGAGCAUACGCCCUGCUGCAGGAACAGAAGGGAGGAAUUCUUGAUGCCGAGAUGGAAGCCAAGGCUCAGGAGCAGCUCCAAGCAGACAUACUCAGGUACAAGGCCAAAAUUGAAGAUUUGGAGAAAGAGGUGACCAUGAAGGGUCAGGACUCCAAAUGGGUGGAGGAGAAGCAGCUAUUCCUGCGAAGAAAUCAGGAACUUUACGAGAAGGUGGAAAAACUAGACCUGGAGUGCUGUCGGGCUCAGGAGGAGCUCCAAGACUCCAGAGACCAGAAUGAACUGUUAGAGUUCAGGAUUCUGGAAUUAGAGGAGCGCGAGAGGAGGUCGCCUCCUUUCAACCACCUGAGGAUGCAUCCCUUCUCGGAGGGUGUCAGCGCACUGCAGAUCUACUGCAUGAAGGAAGGCGUCAAGGACGUGUGCAUACCUGAUUUGAUUAAACUUUUAGACAUCCUGGGAGACAACGGGAAUUUACGAAAUGAGGAACAAGUGGCCAUUAUUCAAGCUAGCACCGUUUUGUCAUUAGCAGAAAAGUGGAUACAACAGAUUGAAGGAACUGAGGCAGCGCUACACCAGAAAAUGAUGGACUUGGAGAUAGAGAUGGAGAUGUUCUGUAAACAGAAAGGAUACCUGGAGGAGGAGCUGGACUAUCGAAAACAAGCCCUGGACCAGGCCUACAUGCAAAUCCAGGAGCUGGAGGCAACGUUAUACAACGCUUUGCAGCAGGACAAGGUGAUCAAAUACGGCGAGCCCUUGGACGAGCUGCAGCGCGACGAGCUGCGAACGGCGGUGGAGAAACUGAGGAGGCAGAUGCUGAGGAAGAGUCGAGAGUACGACUGUCAGAUUCUGCAGGAAAGGAUGGAACUGCUGCACCAGGCUCACCAGAGAAUUCGAGAUCUUGAGAAUAAGACAGAGAUCCAAAGGAGGCAAAUUAAAGACCUAGAGGAAAAGUUUUUGUUUCUAUUCUUGUUCUUUUCUCUCGCCUUUAUCCUUUGGCCUUGAGGUUUUGGGCACGUCCCGUAGCAGAGGUGAGUCGGAGGAGGGGGGCUUCAGGUGGUACAUCUGGCCGGACAUCUCGUUGGUCACCGCUGUUGUGUUCUUUAUAUUUCAUCUGAGUGUGGUGGAGCAACACUGGCUGUUUGUGUGGUGACAGUAUACGAGUCUAUUGGAUGUUGGCCGUGGAAGCUCACUCUGUUUUUUUUUUUCUUUUUAAGCGGGUCUCUCAGGAUGUAGGACUGCAAGAACAAAAAACACACACGUGUAUAUGCAGUUGCAUGUAGACGCACGCCCGCCCGUGUUGCUUUGACAAAUCCAAAACCAAAGCCUGGGAAGAAAAUGAUGUCUCUGCCAUGCAGGGUAAUAGUAAUAAUAUUAUUGUGUGUCAGCCAUUACCGUUUGGGGAAAAUGAAGAGGACAAAAAAAAAACACCCGCCCACAGCUGAUUGUCUCCUCUUUGAAACUGAUGGAAACGCAAGCAAGGGCCAUCAAAGGUGUGUAGACACUGGAAGCCACUCAGGUUGGGAGACUCAAAUCAAGAAGAACACUGGAGACCUCAAAGUGACUGGAUUGUCAAAACUGGUCUGCGGAUUUUCUCCAAAGGUUAGCAGAUGAAGAAAGAUCUUUACUCUCUGGUUUUAUGGGUUUCCCUUUUUUAACAGCUCCCCAGCCCUCGAGUCAUCCACGUUUGCUGUUCAUAUGUACAUUGAAGCCAUGUCUUUCAUAAUUUAUUGUGACAGUUGCUGGUAUGAUUUUGACAUAACAGAAAAGAAGUUGAAAGUGGACGCCCCCCUUUUAAUCCUUUCCCAAUGUAGUUGCUCUUGCUGACCAGGCGAGGGCAGACUUGUUUUGCAUCCCUUUUUAAAGUUUGAAUGAUCAGGCUUGUAAAUAUUGUCAAACCUUUAAAAAAAAAAAAUCGAUACUCUAUACCAAUACUGAUUGAUCUCAACCGUUUGAAAAAUUGAGAAUCUUUAUUAGCAAUCCACAAAAUUACUGGGAAAACAAAUGGAAUCAUUUUCAUAUAACGACUGCUUUUAUUUUUGCUAACCACUACUUGGAUACUAACACCCCUGAGUCUUUAUUCAACACUCGAACUCGGUCCUUGCCAUUCUAAAUCUUUCCAACUGGUCCACGUGAGCCUCCUACCGACCUCACGGUCCAUCCACGAUGAAUGACCGUGAGUAUUUCUGUGCAAACUUUGCUGUCAAGCAGUUGCCUUAAAUGCAUUUGUCCCUUGUACAUUCUAGGCCCUUUAUGAUAACAAUGUUUUAUUACCCUUUUCCCCGGGUGGUUGAAAUUGUGUAAUGUAUAUUUAAAUCUAUAUAUUUUCUUUUUAACUCACAGAGGACUUUUUUUUUUUUUUUAUUGUAUCUGUU